UAGUUUUGUUUUGUUUACUGAGAAUGGGGAGAUUAAAGUUCAAGCCUGAUUUUGGCCACUGCUGACAACCUGAAUUUUUACAAAGUAGAAAUUUAAACAGUGGUGUUUGUGAGCCAUUGGGAAUAAUCCAAUCAGCAUGUUUCCCCGCCUGCUUCCUUAGAACUUUGAGGCAUCACCUUUUACACAGACCUAUCCGGGUCAGGAGGAGCAUUGACUAAGGCCAUUUAGUGAAACCACACACUUUCUGUCUUUGCUCUUGAUCUGCUUCAAGUCCCUGAGCCAGUUCUUGGAGCCACAAUGGCCUUCAAUGACCUCCUGAAGCAAGCUGGUGGCAUGGGGAGAUUCCAGAUCCUUCAGUUUCUCUUCCUCAUAGGCAUAUUCAUGAUAACUUUCAUUCAUGUCCAGAUGGAGAACUUCACUGCAGCCAUCCCUGGGCAUCGUUGCAGAGUUCCCCUCCUAGAUAAUCACACUGUUUCUAACGACACUGGGAUCCUCAGCCAGGAUGCUCUCCUGAGAGUCUCCAUCCCGCUGGACUCAAACCUGAAGCCAGACAAGUGCCGUCGCUUCACCCAGCCCCAGUGGCAGCUCCUGCAGCACAAUGGGACUUUCUUAAACACACACGAGCCAGAGCCAGACACGGAGCCUUGUGUGGACGGCUGGGUGUAUGACCGCAGCACCUUUGUCUCCACCAUUGUGAUGAAGUGGGACCUGGUAUGUGAAGCUGAAUCAAUGAGUUCAAUGGUUAAAUUCCUACUCAUGGCUGGAAUGAUGCUGGGAAACAUCAUAUUUGGCCGUUUGACAGACAGGUUUGGGAGGAAGUUAGUGCUCACAUGGUGUCUCCUCCAGAUGGCCAUCGCUGAUACCUGUGCAGCUUUUGCUCCCAGCUUCCUCAUUUACUGCUUACUGCGCUUCCUGACUGGGAUGUCUGCUACGACCAUCAUGGGAAAUAUUACUAUGCUUAUUAUAGAGUGGACAUUGCCCCAGUUCCAAGCCCUGGGAGUGGCAUAUAUGAGUUCCGCUAGUAACCUUGGACAGGCAGUCCUGGGAGGCAUAGCUUAUGUUGUUCGGGACUGGCAGAUACUCCAGCUGAUAUUUUCGGUGCCAUUUUUUGUCUUUUUUGUGUGCUCAAGGUGGAUUGCAGAGUCUUCUCGGUGGUUGAUGGUUGCCAACAAACCUGAGAAGGCCCUCAAGCAACUCAAGAAAGCAGCACAUAGGAAUGGAAUAAAGAACGUGGGAGACACCCUAACUAUGGAGGUUGUGAAGUCCACCAUGAAGGAGGAGCUGGCAGCUGCACAGACAAAGUUUUCUUUUUGGGACUUGUUCCGCACAUCCAUUAUGCGGAAAAGGAUCUUCUGCUUGGCCUUUGCGAGAUUUGCCAACUCCAUGUUGUUUUAUGGCCUGAGUCUCAACAUUCAUCAUUUGGGGAACAAUAUCUUCUUGAUACAGUGUCUCUUCGGAUUUAUCAACAUCCUGGCCAAUUGUGUUGCCCUUCUAGUUAUGAAUCACAUAGGCCGUCGAAUAAGCCAAGUGGUGCUUUUGUUUGUCACGGGGAUCUGCGUUGUUUCUGUCACGUUUGUACCUGAUGAAAUGCAGACUCCAUGUGUGGCUUUAGCCACCCUGGGAAUUGCUGCUGGUACUUCUGCUGCAACUUUUCUCCCCAUCUAUUCCAAUGAACUCAUCCCUACCGUAUGCAGGUCAACAUUUGGAGGAAUCAAUAGUCUGUUCUCAGGAGUUGGGGCAGUCCUGGUUCCCCUUAUGAUGACCCUGGUCGUAUAUUCACCUCACCUGCCCUGGAUCAUGUAUGGAGUCUUCCCCAUCCUUUCUGGACUAAUUGUCUUCUGCCUUCAAGAAACCAGGAAUCAGCCAUUUCCCGAAACCAUUCAGGAUGUAGAAAAUUCCCAGAGCCAUCAUGGCUUGUCAAAAGACGACUUGCUCCUGGGCCUACUAUUUGUGCAUGCUGUGCAGGAAGAGCACGACAACUACUAG